CUUGAGCUAUACAACAGUGAGCUCUGAGACUACACAUCUCAGCACAUAUUCCCCCCCAUCAGCAGCAGACGGACAGUUUCCUGAUCGCUGCUGUGGCGUUAUCAAAGAGGGGAGAAUGGCGCACAGACUGAAUGGAGAGGACAUGCCUCUGGAUAAACUGGGCAACAUAGAGGCACACACGCCCCCCUCUAGAAACGGCCCCAUGAACUUGAAUCACUACGCCACUAAGAAGAGUGCGGCUCAGAGCAUGCUGGACGUUGCCCUGCUGACGGCCAACUCGUCUCAGCUGAAGACCAUCCUCUAUGUGGGGCCUCAUUAUCGUUUCUACAUCCCCCUCCUUGUCCUGCUGUCUCUGUCCAUCUCCUUACAGGUCUUGGUGGGGCUGCUGCUCGUCUUUAUUGUGAAGUAUGAUCUGAACGACGAGAGUAAACACGCCAAGUUGAACCGGAUGAACAACGUAGCGACAGUGCUUGUCUUCUUCACCGUCCUCAUCAACAUCUUCAUCACAGCGCUUGGACAUGAGGAAAAUGCUGUCAGGUCAUCAGGGUCACCGGUGAUGUCAGAGCCUCCGCUUUCCCUUCUGCCCUCCGACCUGAACAUGGCUGUUGGCAUUUAGACCGUUUUGGACCAAAAUAAGACUUUCUUUGU